CUCACGCACGCGCAUUUACGUGCACACCGCUAAUCGCGCUGUACCGUUAUUCCAGCUUUUCUGAGAGCGGCCGAGCUGACCCCGCGGUCCGGGAUGUCCGAGCUGCCCGCAGACAGCAGUGUCCCACCGACGGGCGCGGCGAAUGACAACGGCGACGUCCCGCAGGCGGAGGUAGGCGGCGGGAGGCGGGAGCCGGCCCCAGCGCAGCCUGUGGAGGCCAGGGACCGUCCGAUGGCGGCGGCCAGGGAAGGUCCAGUGGCGGAUGCCAGGAAAGGUCCGACGGCGGCGGCCAGGGAAGCCCGGAUUGCAGAGGUUGCCCGAUUGUUGGCGGAGCCAGCAGAGGAAGAGGGUCCUGAGGGCAGACGCCGGUCCAGGCCCGGGAACAGCCCAGGCCUGGCUGCGUUGCCGUAUCUCCGCCUCCGUCACCCACUUGGCGUUUUAGGAAUUAAUUACCAGCAGUUCCUCCGCCACUAUCUGGAACACUACCCGAUUGCUCCCGGCAGAAUUCAGGAGCUUGAAGGACGCCGCAGGAGAUUUGUGGAAGCCUGCAGAGCAAGGGAAGCAGCGUUUGAUGCCGAAUAUCAGCGGAAUCCUCAGAGGAUGGAUUUUGAUAUUUUAACAUUUAGUAUAACUCUGACUGCAUCUGAAAUUAUCAAUCCUCUGAUAGAAGAACUUGGUUGUGAUAAGUUUAUCGGUAGAGAAUAGUUUAGUGAUGAAACUACUUCAAGAACCUCUGCGUUCAAUACAGUCGUACCAAUCCUGUAACUUGAUUUCAAAAAGUCAAAGUAUUUGAGAAUAAGGCAAGGCACAGUUGAAAAAGAAAAGGAAGCUUAUCAAGAAAAACCAUCAGAAAAGAAAUAGAAAAAAAUAAAAACCGUUAUGACUCCUCUAA